AUGAAACGCUUGUUCGGAGUGAAAAAGACGGUGGAAGCGCCUUCGUUGGAGGAAACGACCGGCAAGUUGGACGCUCGCGCACAGUCAAUCGACCAAAAGAUCAAACUGAUCGACCAACAAUUGGCAAAAUCACGAGACCAGAUUAAGAAAAUUCGACCCGGACCAUCGCAAGACGCGGUAAAGAAAAGAGCCUUGAUUAUCUUGAAGCAAAAGAAAAUGUACGAACACCAACGAGACCAGUUGUAUUCGCAACAAUACAACGUCGACUCGGUGGCGUUCGCGACGGAAAACGCCAAGGCGACCGUGGAUACGGUGCGAGCGAUGAAAGCGGCGUCGAAAGAGUUGAAGACGCAAUUUAAACAAAAAGAAUUCGAUAUCGAUAAAAUAGACUCGUUGAACGACCAAAUGGCGGAUUUGUUAGAGUAUAACGAAGAGGUGCAAGAGGUUCUCGGACAGUCGUACGCGACGCCGGAGGAUAUAGACGAGGACGGGCUGAUGGACGAAUUAGACGCGUUAGAGUUGGAUUUAGAAGAAGAUUUGGAAAAUGAGAUUGGAAAUGGGGAGAUUCCGAGUUAUUUAAGGGACGACCCUUUACCGGCGGCGCCGGAGGAAAAACCAUUAGGCGCGAUGCCAAACGCGCCGAGCGAAAAAGUCCCGGAGGCGCCCGCACAUGCUACCAACGCGGGAGAAGUACCACCACAGAAAGAAACCGCGGAGAAAGUUUGA